GUGUGAGGUUGCACCAUUGUGCACAAUCACAGAUAAGGAUGCACAAGUGUGCACUGCCAUAGACAAGGAUGUGCAGCUGUGCACAAGGAUGCACAACAACGGGCAGCUGCUCACCAUCGUGGCUCAGGCUUUGCACCAACACAAGGACACAACCAAGUGCUACCAAAGAAACAAGGAUGCACAACCAUGCACAAGGAUGCACAGCCAUGCACAAGGAUGCACGACCACAAAGGACACGACUGUGGGCAGCACAGAGGAGGAUGCACAACCACGCACCACCAUGCACAAGGCCACACGGCUUUGCACAAGCACAAAGAAGGUCUUGCAACCAAUCACAGCCAUGGAGAAGGAUGCACCACCAUGCACGGCCACGCACAGGGAUGCACAACCUUACAACAGGGCCGCGCGGCUUUGCACGAGCACAAAGCAGGACUUCAGUACGGACAGCACGGACUCACACUCAUUGCACGAGGGCUCCCAGCUGUGCACCAGGGCAGUGGUGCAGCACGGAAGCAGCGCCCAGCCCUGCGGUUUCUCGACGCCGCGGCAGGAAGCCGCCCCGAAGGAAGCGCCGCGCGGGGCCUCGAAGCUGCGUCAGGCUGCGCACGGGGCUGCAGCUGCACUUCCUCCCCCCCAUAGAGGAGAGGAAGGGGGUGGGGGGCCAUGGGCAGGAGGAGGUGACCCAACGGGGGUCCCCGCCGUCCCCAUGUCGUUGGCACUCAAAGCGCGGCAGAAGGCGAAGCGUAAAGGCGGCGGCGCCAAGGAGAAGGUGUUCGGCUGCGACCUCCUGGAGCACCUGCAGCAGUCGGGGAAGGACGUGCCGCAGGUGCUGCGGAGCUGCACUGAGUUCGUGGAGCAGCACGGGGUGGUGGAUGGCAUCUACCGGCUGUCGGGGGUCUCCUCCAACAUCCAGAGGCUGCGCCAAGAGUUCGAUGGGGAUCGCAGCCCGGACCUGACGCGGGAAGUUUACCUCCAGGACAUCCACUGUGUGGGGUCACUCUGCAAGCUGUACUUCAGGGAGCUGCCCAACCCUCUGCUCACUUAUCGCCUCUACGACCGCUUCGCAGAUGCGGUGGCCACGCAGAUGGAGGAGGCUCGCUUGGUGAAGAUCAAGGAGGUGCUGAAGGAGCUGCCCCCCCCCCACUAUAGGACUCUGGAGUUCCUGAUGCGGCACCUGCUGCGCAUGGCGUCCCACAGCCGCACCACCAACAUGCACGCACGCAACCUGGCCAUCGUCUGGGCCCCCAACCUGCUGCGCUCGAGGGACAUCGAGGCGACGGGAUUCAACGGGACGGCCGCGUUCAUGGAGGUGCGGGUGCAGUCCAUCGUGGUGGAGUUCAUCCUCACCCACGUGGAGCAGCUCUUUGGGGACGCGCCUCUCUGCGGCACUGAGGCUUUGAGGAGCUCCCGGCUGUUCCCCAUUGAUGGUUCGGGGCCCUACAACGUCCCAGCCGCGCUCAGCCAGGGCGAUGGGCCGCCCCCCAUCCGGCCCUACCACACCAUCAUCGAGCUCAGCGAGCACAGGAGGAAGGGGUCCCUGAAGGCCAAGAAGUGGAAAUCCAUCUUCCAUCUGGGCCGCUCCGACGCCAAGCGCAAACUGGGGAAGGCGGAGGAUAAAGAGGAGAAGUGUGGGAAGCUGAGCCUGCGCCCAGCCAAGAGCAUGGACUCACUGAGCUCAGUGCCGUACAGCAGUGAUGCAGACGACCCCCCCCGGCUCAGCACCACGUGUGUGAUGAAGCAGCCCCUGCAGCGCCACGACAGCUUCGACACCUGCUCCUCCCUGCCCCCAGCCGGGACGUUCCCGGUGCUGGAGGAGACCCCCGAGGAGAAGCUGACGGAGGAGCCGCGGGGACCCGAGUCCGAGAGCGAGAGCAGCACCAAGUCGGAGCCCACCACCCCCCGGCCGGGCCGCGUGAUGGCGGCGGGGACCCGCAGCCGGGCGGAGAAGUGCGCGGGGGUCCAUAUCUCGGGGCCCUUCUCCGUCACCGUCCCUUUGCACAUCACCUCCAACCUGUCCCGGCUGACCCGGGGGCAGCACUGCCCGGCGCUGGCUCAGCACGGAGCCGUGGGGUCCCUGCCGUCCACCCGGCACCGCACCAAGGAGCCCGACCCCCCCCAAGACAACGAGGAGGAGGAGGCUCGGCUGUCCCUGGAGCUGCGAGACUCCUUCGCCUUCCUGGACUGCCAGGACGCGUGGAUGGAACAUGGAGAUGCAACGGGACACGGCGGCAUUGGGGACAGCGAUGGGGACACGGCCAUGGAGGAAGGCAUGGAGAGUGGGUUCAUGAAUCCGGGGGAGUCCCCCGUGGAGCAGCCCGCCAGCUACCUGUCCAUCGAGGAGUGCACGGACGAGGACAUGUUCUACAUGGCGCCCAGCGGCUCCGACACCGAGGAGCCCCCGGGGGACACUGACUCCGACGACAUGUUCCUCAGCGCCCACGACGAGCUCAGCCCGUUGGCAGCUGACCCCGAGACCCCCCCCAGCAGCGCGGCCAUGGGGGAACGUGGGGCUGAGCCGCAGGAUGGGAACCCACCACCAGAGCCGUGUCCUGCAGAGGAGGCGGAUCUGGGGGACGGGGGGCACUUGGAGGAUCAUUAUGGGGACACAGCAGAGGGGGGGGGACAGGUCCUGGAAAAAGAGGAGGGGGAUGGAGGUGACAGGGAAGGGAGCGAUGGAUGGAGCAGAGCCCAGCUGGGGCUUCAGGGUGAGGAUGGAGAAGUGAUGGAUCCAGGUGGGGAAGAGGGGAAGGAUGGAGCAGCAAAGCAGAGUGGGGAGGGGGACCCCCAACCCUCAGAGGGGUCUGUAUUGCCAGAAGGGCCCCUCCAGGAGCCCACUGAGCCCCUCCUCCCUCAGGAGGCCGUCCCUGAGGCUCCCCCAGCCCCAUUAGCAGGGGAUCCUCCAACCCCAAUGUUGGUCCAAGGGGAUCCUCCAACCCCAAUGAUGGUCCAAGGGGAUCCUCCAACCCCAAUAAUGGUCCAAGAGGAUCCUCCAACCCCAAUGUUGGCCCAAGGGGAUCCUCCAACCCCAGUGUCAGCCCCUGAGGUCCCUGAGGACCCCCCAACCCCAGCGGCCAUCAAAGAAUGCACUGAUCCCCCACCAGAGCGCCAUCACCCCGCCCUCACCCCCCCCCCACCCCCCAGGGCCGCCCCCGACCCCCUUCUCCCAGCCCUUCCCCCCCCAGCAGGCACGUCACCCCCCCACCCGGUGCCGUGCUCCGCCAUGACGGCAGCGCCCCGGUUCGCCUGGCGGUCGCGCUCCGUGCGUGUUCAGCAGCGCCCGCUCCGUGCCCGUGUCUCCAAAGCCUCAGUUCGCCAUCGUUGCCCCACCCCGCAUGCCCCCCGCCCCCCUGCAGCCCCCCGCCCCCCCCCCUUGAAUGCCGGCAGGUCCAGCUGGCGCUCACCUGCAGCUGUCUCCUUGGACGCCCAUUGA